CUUCACUGAAUGUAUAAGAAACUGUUUUGACAUUUUUGACAUCUGUCGAAAAAAUCCAAACAAUGGUCAAUAUCUAUAUGAUAUACCUGUACUCGAUGCACUUCAUGGUCGUCUAGCAAGCUCAUAUACUACAAGCGUUAUUACAAGACUGAAUAAACAUUUAAAUUGCGUACAACUCAUGAAUAUUAUAUCGUAAAGAUGUCAGGCUACAUUUGACUAGAAGUGUUAGAAGAAACAUCUUUGUGGUUUUCAAGGGAUUUUUCUUGGAAUAUAAAACACAAACGCGACCACCUAUAAAUAUGUCUAAUAUUGCAAAUCUCACAACAAAUAGUAUUAUAAACAGAUCAUCAAUCUUUGAAUAUUCGACGCCUCUUCUUCCUGUUGCCCAUGAAUUAUUUCAUUUACUCCUACACCCUCCAAGACUUUUAUCUAAUAAAAGGGAUAGUAAUAGUAGCUGAUGAAUACAGGACGUCAAGAAUUUGCAGCCAUUGUAAAAACGAUUUAGAGGAUAUUGCUGUUCCUGAAAGAGGAUUUGACUGCAAUCAUAGGUAUGCAAAAAAAAGAUGAUUAGGCAGA